CGUAUAUCGCAGACACAAAACAAACUGGCUUCUGCACUACACCAGAACGUUCGUGAAUCUUCAAGCCCUAGUUCUGUUCAAAACCAGCCCCAGGCAAGAAGCUUCACUUCACAACUGCCUGCUGAGAAUAAACAACGAAUAAUGAUCUUGGUUGAAGAAUAUUUUGCUCAUGUUCAUCCAUUGCGUUGUUUUGGAUUUGUGCAUAAACCGUCGUUUAUGCAGCGAUUGGAUGAAGAUAUGGAAUCGUGCUGCAACAACGAAUCCCUUCUUCACAUUGUCUGUGCACUGGGGGCAAAGUUUUUGGCACUUGACUAUGCUUCUCAACUCUCUCCAGAUUUGAUUCUCACAGCCGGUAAUGAGUGGGCGAAAGUUGCCAGAGCUCGAAUGUUCACGGACUUGGACGAUCUGAGUAUUGAGAAACUGAUGACUGCCAUCCUUCUUUACGACCAUGACCUUCGGAUCGGAAGUUAUGCUAGCGCAUUUAUUCUUAGCGGUAUUACUGCGAGGAUCUCACAAGCAUUGCAGCUCAAUCUUGAAAGUUCCGCUGACGUUCUCUGUUCUCAUUCGAAGUCCAAAUGCCCGAUAACCAAUGAAUCCAAGAGACGUUUGAUGUGGAGCUGCUAUGUUAUGGAUAGCUGGGUGGGUAGCGGUGUAAACCAGCUCACUCUUCUAGAAGAUAGAGACCUGAAGAUCCAGCUUCCCUGUGACAGUCACAACUUCUCUCUAGGAACACCUUGCAUUACCGAAAUUUUGGAAGAGGGUAAAACUCUAGGAUUCAUUCCCCAAGAGCAAAUCCAAUACCAGCCUGCUCAAAACAUGGGGAUAGAAGCUUAUUUCAUACGCCUCCACAACAGAUACGUGAAACAUCUUGAUACUUCUAUACCACCAUGGGAGGAAGAUUCCGAAUUUCAGCAAUUGAAAUUUGAGUUUACAUCAUGGAAGAGAUACCUCCCGCAGAAUUUGAGAUGGUAUUCAAGCGCGAUUUGGGCACGUAAGGAGUCCUCUCAACUAGGUGCAUUAACCUUGCUUUGGUGCACUUAUCAUCAAACCCUAGUUGAUCUAUAUCGCAUUGGUAUGCCAACUCUGUUUGGCAUUCGGCGUUAUGUCGAGUUUCCAUCAGAACAGCAAGAAUUCUUAGAUGAUUGUCGCAGAGUUUGCUUUGAUAGUGCUCGAAAGGUCUCCAAAAUCAUAGCCGAGGCUUCAAGACAUGGAAUCAAGGCCCUGGCUGACACUUGGCUAUGCAUAAUUGCACAUGAUAGUACCAAAGUUAUGCUAUACUAUUUGAACCAUAUUACCGACUCUGCGAUUGCUCUGAGUACAUCCGAGGCAGACGAGACAAAGCUUCUGGCGAAGAAGAAUUUGGAUGCACUGAUGCAAAUGAGACCUAUCGUUGCGACCGCCGAACAUUGUGUCAGAAAUCAAUCCUUUCUUUGUUUCCAAAGCUAG